AUGCGGGGGGGCGAAAGAUAUGCGGAGGGAGCGAGGAGAAAGUCUCCUCGAACCUACGGAUUUAAGCCUCAGCAGCAGACAUGGUCGCCGAUCUCGCUUGCAGCUUUUGGAGGGAGCCUCGACGGCUCGGGGGAUAUGGAUGUAGGGCUUCUGCUGCAACACGACGCGCAGCUGCAGCAGCAAAUGGAGGCUGUGCUGCCCCUCAGUCUCCCUCCGGAGACGCUGGAGGAUCUUGUUGAAGGCAGCAGGAGGCAGCACCUCCUGCACCUAAGCCACGAAGAAGGGCCCCCCCCCAUCCACACUUCGGUGCAGGCUGCAGCAGCAGUCGGAAGGCUCCUUCCCCCCGCGGAUUCAGCAGUCUACGCGAGGCGGGGAACGUGGUGGUUCCCUCUUGCAGCAUCUUACGAGGCUUCCAGAGAACGUCUCGGAAGCCUUGAUCAAGAAGCGCAGCUGGAGCUGCAACAAAACAUGGCGCUCUUGCAGCUUGAGGCACGGCAAAGACGUCGCAGACGCCUAAUCCUCGCGGAGGCACUUGGUCGACAUGGCUUGCAAAUCAAUCCGGCAAGCUGGCUGUGUCGAGCGUUUGUUUACCUCAAGCGCACGCCUAUUCGGAGCUUAGUGUUUGCUGUCUGGAGGCAGAAGGUUCUAGAUCAGCUGUAUGAGCCGAUGAUGCCUCAGCGGGAGGAGGUGGCAGAGGAACGGCAGGAGAGCUCUGGGCUUGCUGCUUUGGAGGAGGACUGGAGAAAACACGUUCUCUGGAUGUCAGGGAUAGAUCUUGCAGCGCACCCCGCGCUGGAGAUGGCGCUGCUAUCUCGCAAAGAAGUCUUCGUGCAGCGGCGCUAUUUGGCAGUGGUCAGACGACACCCCAGUGCUCGUCAUCAGUUCGUUCCCCCCGAGGCUUCGGAGAGUGACGGCAGCAGCGACAGCGAUCUGGAGGAGCGUGGAUGGCUGCCUUCUCGCGGGGAAGUUGGUAAUGGAGAGCUGGCAGGAGCAGCAACGGCAGCAGAAGCAGCUGAAGAGGAGGCACUUCCGCAAGCGGAGAGUCUCAUCAUGGCAGAAAAGAGUCGCAUGCCACGAAGAAGCCGCCGCAGCGCACAGCAGGAGAAGAUAGCGGCGGAAGCCUCUCAAGUCGCAGAAUUAGACAUACUUCCCACCGAAGAAGGUGCUCCAGCAGCGGGUGAUAGCGAGACAAGCGGCAGCAGUGGCAGUGCAAGCACCAGUAAUAGUAGUAGUAGUUCUACUGCAACCACUAGCGGGGCGGGGGGGGAGACGUUGGCAGAGGCACAAGGAGAGGGUGCGAUGCUCUCCGCUGCUGUUGCAGCGGAAGAGUCGCCUUCCGUCGAGGCUGGUGAAGGGGAGUAG